UACUUCAUCAACCAACUUAAACAACGACAUACGAUGGCGGUUUACGGUGAUCGUGUACCUAGUUGGCAAACACGUGGUUUGCUGGCCUGGUGCAUCUUAUCAACCGUGCUGCUGCUUCUACUGCUUCCGCUGGUAUCGAUAGCCGAGAGCUAUGGAUACGAUUCCGCGUCAUCGUGCGAUCCAACGCGUGCCUCACGUCGAGGUCGUUCACAGCUGCUGAAAACCAUUCCAUGCGACCUGAGCGUGCAGGCGUACUGUAAUCUGCCCGGUUCAGCUUAUCCGUGGCACGCUGUACGUCGGUUUGUGCAUGAAAACCAGGGCCUUAUGCGUCGGAUGUAUGGUGAUGUGCGACACAUCUCAGUGCUGAAGGAGGAGUUUGAGAACAACGAAAUUGACAUAGAUGAUAUUGAUCGUGCUACGGAACGAUAUACGCGUUCGUUCGAUCAAGCCGGUGGAGGUGCUGGAAGGGAUAGCAAGCGAAUGAAGUAUUUGCGGCCAUCUUCACUACACUACGAGGGCGGACCGGGACACUAUGCACGCGAGAAGGGCAAUGAGAUCCCAUUGAAUGAACCACAUUUCCGUCCCACUCAGAUGAAGACAACGGUAACGACGACGGUGACGCCAAGCACCACCAGUACUAGCAAGACCAGCACCACUACAACUGGAGCUAAAAAUGCAGUCCCAGCGGUAGCAUCAAAUCUGAUCUCUACCACGGAAAAAAAUACUCCUUCGACGACUGCUAGCAGUGGCAGUACGAGCACGACCGUAGAGUCUCCUCUGCCGAAAAAGUCUUCUGAUGCGCCCGUCGAACAAACGAAUCAAUCGACCACUCAGACUACGCUAGAUAUGUCGGAAUCGAGUCUUCCUGUCGCGCAUAAUGUAGCAGCUACGAUUGGCACGAAAGCCACCACCGCCACGUCUGAAGCAACGGGUACCGUACAAGCAGACAUAACACCCACCAAAAACACUACUUCACCUGCGUCCGAUACGGAUUCGAUCGAUAUGGAUGCUCUCUCUUCUUUAGCUAAGCUGGAAACGAAUGAAUCAUUGCAAACAACUCUCAACACUGGCGACAGAGACGCUCAAGGACCAGUCGGUAAAAUAUCUUCCACACUAAAGCUCGCUUCUUCCAACAAUUUGCCCAAACCAGAAGAACUCGAUCGAAAGGAAGUUUCGCUCCCUGUCACAGAAAAUAGUGCUAACGUGGCCGAGAUUGAGUCCUCCAUUGGCAACUAUCCCAACGAUCGUCAAGACACGGAUGCUGCGGUGGUAGUGUCCGACAAUAUUGCGGCAGAUGAAUCAGAACCACUGAGUAGCAGCAAAACUGUAGUAGCGGAACCAUUGGUACAGCAAGAUACAGCUCCAGCAAGUAACAACGUGCCACAACAACAACAGCAGCAGCAGAAAAUACGAUUCGAAAGCAUUAAACCACACCCGGGCACAAUAACGGCUAGUAGCAGUACGACGUCGGUGAAAAAGACCAACCCCGAAGGGCAGCUGUUCCAGGAUGUGGCCCAGAAAGAACCGCCAGUCGUUAAUGGUCGUGGAGUUAACGCAUGCCCAGUAAAGGAAGAGGUGGUCGCACCAUUCUGGGCCAACAAUACCCGCGGGGAAGUGCUGGCCCUGCUGAAUCUGUACCCCUUCGAGCAGUACGUCCACUGGGAGAAGUGUACGCACGAACUGAAGCAAAUGUACUGCCGGGAGGGCUGUCGCUGUGAGCAGCAGUAUCGUUUGCAUCGGCUACUGGCCUACGAUCCACACAACGAGUGCCGGGGCAUCUUUUCCGACUGGUUCCGGUUUCCGUCGUGUUGCAUCUGCAAGUGCUACGAUAUGCCAUUCGAUUUUCGCGUUACCUCACGCAGCCCACGUUCGCUGACGAAGGAAUCGAUCGAGUUGGUGGAAGAUGAACUGCAGAACGCUAUCUACGAGCAUGCGGCCGACGAAUGGUACAGGCCGAAGGAGCAGGAUGUGGAUUGAACAGUUUGAACAAACACUGAACAGUGCGAACACACGCAUCCAAAGGCUAGUGAUAUAAAUGUGUGUAUUGU